AUAUUAUUUAAUUUGUUAGAAAUAAGGAAAGCGAAGUGUUCACGUAAUGGUUAUAAAAAUGUCAUAAAUAUUAAUUGUACUUCAGCGUUGUAACUAAUAUUAUGACUUUAUGAGGCUUUGAAAAAUAUGUCAUCUUGCUUAUUCCAUGAUCAAAGGAAAAUACUUUCAGAGAAUAAGUGAGUAAAAUAUAGUAAAACAACGACCUACGUUUCAUUUCAAUUAUCUUAUCUGUAACUUAGAUUAUUUUUUGUAAAAUUAUGAACAAACAAAAUUAAUCUGACAAAAAUAAAUCUGAAAUGGAAACAUAAAUUACAAACAAAAUUUUUCCGCUGGUCAAAGAGCGUAAAUGGAAUAUCCGCAGAAUACUGCAGAAAAAACAAAAGAUUUUAUUUUCCCGGCAUGAUUGCAAGAAUUAUUGCGAUUACCUCCCAUUGAAUUUCUCACAUCUACCUUCAAUGUAAAUAGUUCCGAAUAAAGUGGCAGGCACACAUUCACUUUUUCAAUUUACUUAACACAUUUUUUUAGGUAAUGAUGUUACAAUUAGUUUGUUUUAUUCUAAUCGUCAACUCGGCGUUUUCAAGACAUAUACACCUCCCCCGAUAUGCAGAACUGGAUGAAGAAGACCAGCAACUCUUCAGGGCAGCAUAUGAUACGCCAUCUUACGACCACGACGAGUACGAAGAGUCCGAUGACCUUCCUGUUGGCAAGCUGGACUUAGUCAAGGAUGGCUUGUGGGCUGUCAAAGCGAAAAUAAAGGAACUAAAGGCUUUCGAUAAGGCAAUGGCUGCGAAUCUACUGGCUACUAAGUUGAAGUUGAAAGAUUUGGUAAAAGGUGCCAUGAUCAUCAAGAAACACCAGCACGUUGAUUAUGAGAAGAAGAAACCGUCUUAUGGCUACCAGGCACCAGCAACUUAUCAGCAAUACGAACCAACUUACCAUGCGCCAGUACCGGAGUACGGUCAUGACCCUUAUUAUGGACACUAAUUAAUACGGAAGUUAUAUGAUCCAAAUCUAAUACUAUAAAUAACUCACUCUCAUUUAAUUCUUUGCCUAAAAAUAAAAU